AUGGACGGAUCCGCGCUCUGCAACGGCUUCCGCAAGAAACGGCGAUCCAGAUCGCAGCGCAAUCGGGAAAGGCGAUCCAAAGGCGGAUUAUUACAAGGUGGCCCCGGCGGGGAUUUGGGGGUCGGCGGUCCCGGGGAGCCGCGGAGAACCCGAGCGGCUUCCAUCCUUUCUUCCUCCGGCUCGGAUCUUGAAAACAAUGGCAAGCCGCCGUCCCGACCGAAACCCCCCCGGAGGAAGCGGAGGGAGUCUUCCUCCCCCGAAGAAGAUAUCGUGGACGGCUUCGCCCUGGCCAGCUUUGUCACUCUGGAAGCCUUAGAGAAAGAUGUCGUGGUGAAGCCACCUGACCUUGCGAACAAGCAUCGGGAUCCCUUAGCAAAGAAGAAACGAGAAGUGCUUGCUAAUGGGCUGCCCUACCACCUAAAAAAGAGUCGGUUGCACUAUCACCACUUCCACCAUCACCAUCACCACUACAGUUCCGAUCGGGAGAAUGACCUCGGCCUUUGUCAACAUCUCAGGAAACGGAAGAAGUUCUUAAAAGGGCUCCGACAGCUUAAUCCGGGCCAAAACAGCUGCCGAGAUAGUGACAGUGAAAGUGCAAGCAGAGAAUCGAAAGGCUUUCAUCGGAGCAGCUCGAGAGAGAGACUCAGUGACAGCUCCGCUCCUUCCAGCUUGGGAACAGGCUACUUUGUUAAUCCUUCUUUCUCCUAG